AAUUGAUAACCCGUAUAUGUACACAUACCGUGUGUGAUGAUUCAUAAGCAUGUUUUAUUUUAUAAAAAAUAGUGAAUUAAUUAAUUUUUAAUAAAUCUUUUUUACAUAUAAUAUUAUUUUAACACAUUACUUUUUUAUAUUGAAAUGUACACACAGACAAUUAAAAUGCCAGUACAAAAAGAUUCAAAUAUUGUCAAAAUAGCAGUGGAGAUGACAAAUCAAGUCGCACAAUUAAUUGAAUUUAAUCAAAAACAACCUUUGACGGGGAUUAUUCAGGAAUUAUGUAAUGGUUGGGGAUUAACAGAUCCUGAGACAUACUCUUUACAGUUUUCAGAAAGCAACAACCAAAACUACAUAACAGAAAAAAAUAGGAAUGAAGUUAAAAAUGGGAGUGUAUUAAGGUUGGAACAUUCACCAUCUAAAACAGCAGCAGACAUUUUAACUAAAUUAAACAACGGAACUGCUGAAGAAAAAAUUCCAGCACUCAAAAAAUUGAGUACUCUUAGUAAUGAUAUCACAUUUGCUCAUGAAUUUAUUAACAAACAGGGCUUACCCUUUAUUAUAUCACAAAUUGAAUCUGGAAAGUAUAAAAACACAGCAUUGGCUUAUUCUCUUCAGUCUUUUGUUGAGUUGAUGGACCAUGGAAUAGUUUCUUGGGAUAUUUUGGAACCUGCUUUUAUUAACAAAGUUGCUAGCUACGUCAAUAAUCAGUCAGUUACUCAAGACUCUAAUGUUAUUAAAGCGUCGUUAAGUAUUCUUGAAAGUAUUGUAUUAAAUUCUUCUGGAAAAUACAGUUUAGUAGAGAAAGAAGUAACUUUCCCUAAUCUUGUGAUGCAUCUUCAAAGUUUGAGUCCACAAAUACAACAAAAUACUAUAGCUUUAAUAAACGCACUAUUUCUUAAAGCUGAUUUAGCUAAACGACGAGCAGUAGCUGCUACAUUACAAUCAAAGCAAGUAAGAAAUGUUUUUCUUACAAAUGUUAUUCAAUCCACUGGACAAGUUGGAACGGAAAUGGCUCACCAACUUUACGUUCUUCAAACAUUAAUGUUAAGUCUUUUAGAACAACGAAUGAUGACAAAAAUGGAUCCUCAAGAUCAAGAUGCCCAUGAUAAGAUCAAAGAGUUACGGAGAAUCGCUUUUGAUACAGAAGGGUGUCUUGGAGGAGACGUUGCCGCAAGAAAGCAUGGUUUAUUUGCCAAAGAUUAUAAGAAAUUAGGAUUUAAAUAUGAUAUUAAUCCAGCUUUAGAUUUUACUGGAACUCCGCCUGGAAUGCUGGCACUUGACUGUAUGAUAUAUUUUGCAAGAAAUCAUACUGAACAAUACACUAAGGUAGUUUUGGAGCAUUCCUGUCGUGCUGAUGAACAUGAAUGUCCAUUCGGUAGAACUAGUGUUGAACUUGUGAAACUUUUAUGUGAAGUUUUACGUAUCGGAGAAGCUCCAAGUGAACAAGGUCAGUCUUAUCAUCCGAUGUUCUUUACUCACGAUCAUCCUUUCGAAGAAUUUUACUGUGUCUGUAUUGUUUUAUUAAAUAAAACUUGGAAAGAAAUGCGAGCAACAACAGAAGAUUUUGUAAAAGUUUUCUCUGUAGUUCGAGAACAGAUCACCCGUGCUCUUCAGAGUAAACCUACCGGUUUAGAUAAAUUUAAAAAUAAACUUCAACAGUUGACUUAUGCCACUAUAACUAAUCUCUGGCAACAGGAACGUACUAACCGAGAAGAAUGGGAGAGUCAUGCAAAACCAAUUGUGGAGUUGAGAGAACAAAUUACUCCAGAAAUUCUUGAACUCGUUAAGCAGCAACGACUUGGAUUUCUUGUUGAAGGAACUAGGUUUACUAAAUAUAGCGCUAGAGGCCAGAGAAUCAAAGACAAAUUUUGGUAUGUCCGUUUAUCACCCAAUUACAAAGUUUUCCAUUAUGGAGAUUGUGAUGAAAAGUCAGUACCAACAAUAGACGAACUUCCGAUGAAACUUGCUGUGGUUGAUAUCAGAGGUCUUUUAGUUGGAAGAGAUUGUCCUCAUAUGAAGGAUUUACAAAGACGAAAAACUACUCAUCAACUGGCUUUUUCUUUGAUAUUAGAAUCUGUUGAAGUUUCAAACUUGGAUUUUGUUGCACCCGAUGAACAAGUCUUUGAUUACUGGACCGAUGGAAUUAAUGCUUUGCUUGGUAAUAAAAUGACAAGCAAAGAAACAGAACAUGAUUUGGAAACACUUUUAUCGAUGGAUAUUAAGCUAAGACUGCUAGAUGCUGAAGGAAUUGACAUUCCUCAGGAUCCACCACCAAUUCCAGAACCACCGCCAAAUUAUGACUUCUGUUUUGAAUUAUAGAAAUUUGUAUCUCAAUUCAACUAAUACGAAUUAUGCAAAAAAAAUAUAUUAAAUUAAUCUUAUAACUACCAAAGGAAUAAUCUUUAGACAGUAAGUAAUCAAACAGUUAUCAAUUAUACAAUAUUAUUAAGUCACAUAUUCCAUAAUCAUUUUAUUUCUACUAAAAAUUUUAUCACAUGUGGCAAUUCCAUCUUUUUCAAUAGUUUAAAGUUUUUUUUUUAUCGGAAAUAGAUACAGUAUUUCACCAAAGAUAUAAAUAAGCAUUUCUCAUACAACAAUUAUGCAAGUGUUUAAUGCAUAGAAAUGAUAAAUUUCAAUUUUUUAUAAUUUUUCUAAC